AACAAAAGUCUCUGAUCUUUCUAGCAGAUUCCCUUUUGAUCUGAGUUUCCACCUCAACGAGUUCCGCGUGUUCCGGCAUUUCGAAGUGGAGCUCUAUCUGCAGGGAGGGAUUGCGGUCUGAAUUGUCGCGAAUCAUCUCACUUUCGGCGUAAGGAGUUAUGAAUACUCAGCUAGUCGAAAUUCACCCUCAAGAACUCAAAUUUGUAUUUGAGGUGAAAAAACAGAGUACAUGUGUUGUUCGCCUCACCAAUCUCAGUGACGAGUAUGUAGCUUUUAAGGUAAAGACAACCUCUCCAAAGAAGUACUGUGUGAGACCUAAUGUAGGCAUAAUCAAGCCCAAAUCAACAUGUGAUUUUGUAGUCACCAUGCAAGCACAGAAGUUAGCUCCCUCGGAUAUGCAUUGCAAGGAUAAAUUUCUAAUUCAGAGCACCAUGGCACCAUUUGGAACGACAGAAGAUCAAAUUACACCUGCCAUGUUUGCAAAAGAUACUCACAAGUAUAUGGAAGAGACCAAACUCAGAGUUGUUCUUGCAACCGCUCCAAAUUCUCCAGCAAAGCCAUCAUCGGAUGUAGUUUUAAAGCAGGAAGCAUCAUCUUACGAGACUGUUUCACCAAAUGGAUUGCACUCACCAGUUUUGACACCUGUCAACGGAUUUAGCAAGCAAGGACAAUCAGAUGAGAUUUCAAAUCCAAAAGACGAAAUCGAGAAUGGAGUUGAAAAUAAUCUUCCUACUGAUCUUGUAACUAAUAAAGUGGAGGCUGUAAAAACCGAGAAAAUCACGCCAGAGUCGAGAUCAUUCAAAUUCAAUAUUGUGGAUGAUAUGAUGUCUGUCUCUGAGAAGUACCCGGUGAAACAAGAGGUGUUUGUCCCGGAGAAGGAUGAAGAUUCCAAAAAGACCAAAGAUUCAGAAGAAAUCGGAUUUAAACUGACACAAGAAAUUGAGGAAUUGAGAUCGAAGAUUAGUUCCAUGGGUACCAAGCUAGCCGAGGCACAGAAAAUGAUUGAAAAGCUAAACAAAGAAAAGAGCAUUGCAACUCAUGAAAAGGAAACAGUAAUGCAACAGUUGGCAAUGUUGAAAACAAGGAGUGGCGGCACCGGCACCGGCACGGUAGCUAGAAAAGUCCAUAUUGGUUUCCCGCCACUGUUUGUGUGCAUGGUUGCACUGAUUAGCUUAAUGCUUGGGUUGAUCGUUCGAGUUUAACGAAUCUCGAUGCAAUAGUUUCAGACACGAACAGCAGGUAUGAUUCUCAGCUGGUUUAAUACAAAGCAAUUGCAUGUAGCUAACUAGCUUUGGUAAAAAAAUGAAAAAAAACAACUUGAAUGUAUAAAAAGAACUGAGUUUAUUGAAUAAACUGGGGUAUUAGACUGCUAUACUUACGCUGAUUUGGAUUUAUGUGUAAACAAUCUUCGUUAGAACCAACAGUCAUAAUUGACACAAUUGUUUGAUACU